AUGGCAAAACACACUGAAACCGAACCUCAAGGUGGUUUACCAAACAAAGACUACCAUGAUCCACCACCAGCUCCACUCUUCGACACUGCCGAACUUGGCCAAUGGUCCUUCUACAGAGCCCUCAUCGCCGAAUUCAUCGCCACCCUCCUCUUCCUCUACGUCACAGUUCUAACCGUCAUUGGCUACAAAUCACAAACCGAUCCGGCUCACAACGGUACCGACUGUGACGGAGUUGGACUCCUCGGUAUCGCUUGGGCCUUCGGUGGCAUGAUCUUUGUCCUCGUCUAUUGCACCGCCGGCAUAUCAGGAGGACACAUAAAUCCGGCGGUGACGUUCGGGUUAUUUCUGGCGAGGAAGGUGUCGUUGAUUAGAGCAAUAUUAUACAUGGUGGUUCAGUGUUUAGGGGCAAUAUGUGGUGUUGGACUAGUAAAAGCUUUUCAGAAACGUUACUAUAACAGAUACAAAGGUGGUGUAAACAUGUUAAACGAUGGUUACAGUAAGGGAACUGGGUUAGGUGCUGAGAUAAUUGGAACUUUUGUUCUUGUUUACACCGUUUUCUCUGCCACCGAUCCAAAGAGAAAUGCUAGAGACUCUCAUGUUCCGGUUUUGGCACCACUUCCAAUUGGUUUUGCUGUGUUUAUGGUUCACCUUGCUACUAUUCCAAUCACUGGAACUGGUAUCAACCCUGCUAGAAGCUUUGGAGCUGCUGUUAUUUACAACAAUGAGAAAGCUUGGGAUGAUCAAUGGAUCUUCUGGGUUGGACCCUUUAUUGGUGCUGCCAUUGCUGCAAUCUACCACCAGUUUGUGUUGAGAGCUCAAGCAGCAAAGGCUUUGGGUUCUUUCAAGAGUUCUUCAAACCUGUAA